ACAGACUAGACAUGGGGCGUCUCCCAGGUGCCCCCCACACCCACACCUGGGCCAGCUCCUGGACAGGCCCAAUCCUGGCAGUCUGUGUCCUGUUCUCCUGCCUCCCGCUGGCCGGCGCUGUUGAUUUUGGGGUGGCAGUGGUGCCCCCCCACCCGACCGUGGGGCAGACGGUGACCCUGCUGGUGGGGGGGGCCCGGGGAGUCGCCCAGAGCUGCACCUGGUACCGCAGAAGCUCCACAGCCGAGACCGAUCGGAUCCUGACCUUCACCUCCCCGGACACGCGGAGCCCGGGGCCGGCGUCCACGGGGCGCGAGACCCUGGGGGGCGACUGCUCCCUGCGCAUUGCGGGGUUAACCCCCCAGGACAACGGGAGCUUCACCCUCAUCAUCCGCGCCAGGGGUCGGUCCCACGCGCUCUUCGUGCGCCUGCAGCUCGCCGGGUGACCGGGCGGUGUCCGGAUUCGCUGCCCCCCACCGAGAGGUCCUGGGGCUGUUACCGGAUCCCAGCCCCCUCCCCCCAAAUCCCCCUCACCGCCCUUCCCCCACCCCACCCCCUUUCUCCCCU